GACAACCUUCAUAUAACCUCCAAUCACACAAAUCAUUGAACACAAAAAUUCUGUUAGUGUUAAUCUGUAACUUUCAAAGAAUGAAAACCCUCCAUAGCCAUGUCAGCACCUCCAUCUUCAUCUUCAUCUUGUCACUCUUGUACCCUUUUCACUCUCUAGCUAUCGACACCAUCACAUUCUCACAGCCACUUACCAUCAAUCAAACUCUAGUUUCUAAAGAUGAACAUUUUGAGUUGGGGUUCUUUAAUCCAGGCAACAAUAAUUUGUAUAUAGGCAUUUGGUACAAGCAAAUUCAGCAGAAAACAUAUGUUUGGGUAGCUAAUAGAGACACCCCCAUUACUUCAUCCUCCGGGAACCUAACCAUCAUCAGCAACGGCAACAUGGUGCUUGUAAAUCAGACGGGAACCAUCGUCUGGUCGACAAAUCAACCUACACGGGCGGGGAACACGGUGGCGCAGCUUUUGGACAACGGUAACUUUGUGCUUCGUCCGGAAAACGAUGAGAAUCCAGAGAAUUAUAUCUGGCAAAGCUUUGAUUAUCCGACUGAUACUCUGUUACCGGAGAUGAAACUGGGGUGGGACAGGAAAUCUGGAAUUACUCGGAUUUUGCGGUCAUGGAAGAUGAACAACGUAGAUCCGGCAACUGGUGAUUAUUCUCUUAUGAUCACUGUUCGUCAGUUCCCGGAGAUUUUGCUUAUGAAAAACGAAACAAUAAUUCGUCGGAGUGGGCCAUGGACUGGAAGAAGGUUUAGUGGUGUAGCGGAGAUGAAAGGGAUGAGUAGAAUGCAGUUUGACGUUCAAGAUAAUUCAGAUGAGGUUUAUUAUUCAUUUAAAUUGGUGGAUAAUGCAAUUUAUUCGCGACUGGUUGUAAAUUCUUCUGGUGUGAAUCAAAGAUUGGUUUGGGCUAACACAACAAAAACCUGGAUUGUGUACUGGUCUUUCCCCGGUGAUUGCGAUCACUAUGGUGAAUGUGGUCCGUCUGGCAUUUGUGCUGCAAUCCCUGCACCGAACUGCAGUUGUAUGACCGGAUUCCGGCCGAAAAACAAAGAAGCAUGGGAUUUCCACGUUGGGAGGGAUGGGUGUGUUCGAAACUCCAGCUUGGAUUGCAGGUCGGACUCGGAUGGAUUUAAGCUAUUGAAGAACAUGAAGCUGCCGGAGACUUCAAAAGCUUUUGUAGAUCAGACAAUAAAUUUGAAAAAGUGUGGUGAGAUUUGCAAAAGGAAUUGUUCUUGUGCUGCCUAUGCUAAUAUGGAUGUCACUGAAGGCGGGUCGGGUUGUGUGAUUUGGGAAGGGGAUCUCAUUGACAUGAGGCGGUAUGAUGAUUCGGAUAAUGGUGGAGAUGAUCUUUACGUUAGAGUUGCAGCUUCUGAUUUGGGUACGUUUUCUAAAUCAAUCCAAAAAUCUAUAAUGAUUAGUAUAUCAAUUUCCAUUCCAUCUUUGCUGUUGGGUCUAGGAUUAUGCUGGGCAUGGGAGAGAGAGAGUGAAAGAGAAAGGAAAGGGUCGGGUGGAGUGAAAGAGAGAGGGGAGGAUGACAUCAUAUUAAAUGAUGGAGUUAUUCUACCAAGUAGGAGAGAUUAUCUUAGCGAGACAGCCAUUGAUGAACUCGAAUUGCCAUUGUUUGAUUUUACAACAUUGGCGGUAGCAACAAAUAACUUCUCGGACACAAAUAAACUUGGGCAGGGUGGCUUCGGGUGCGUUUACAAGGGUACAUUAACGGAAGGUGAGGUUGUAGCAGUAAAAAGACUCUCAAGAGUUUGCGAGCAAGGGAUCGAGGAACUAAAAAAUGAGGUUCGAUUAAUCGCGAAACUCCAACAUCGAAACCUUGUUCGGGUAUUAGGUUGUUGCAUUGAGGUCGAAGAGAAGUUGCUAGUUUAUGAGUUCAUGGAAAAUAAAAGUCUUGAUAAAAUCAUCAUAGAGAAAGAGAAAAGCAUCAAACUAAAUUGGAAAAUCCGACUUGAGAUUAUACGCGGGAUCGCACGGGGCCUUCUUUAUCUUCAUCAAGAUUCAAGAUUUACAAUCGUCCAUCGAGAUAUGAAAGCAAGUAAUAUUUUGCUUGAUAAGGAAAUGAACCCAAAGAUAUCAGAUUUUGGUAUUGCGAGGAUUUUUGGGAACGAUCAGACAGAAGCAGAAACAAAGAUAGUGGUUGGAACAUAUGGUUAUAUGGCACCCGAGUAUGCGAUGGAUGGUCAUUUCUCAACGAAAUCAGAUGUUUUCAGUUUCGGAGUUUUGAUUCUUGAGAUAGUAAGCGGUAAAAGGAACAGAGGAUCAUCCAACACAAGUAGCAAACUUAACCUUCUUGCACAAGCAUGGACGUUAUGGAAUGAAGGAAAUGCUUCAGAACUACUAGACGAAUCUGUUGGGGCCCAAUUUUCAAAGAAUGAAGUUUUAAGGUGCAUACAAGUUGGACUAUUAUGCGUUCAAGGACAACCGAAAGAUCGACCUAGCAUGUCGAAGGUGUUGAUACUACUGAGCAGUGAAACUGUACGAAUGCCACAACCAAAACACCCUGGAUUAAUUACUAGAAAAAUAAACAACGAGACAGAAUCGUCAAGCAAAGGUGAUGAUUCAAUGACCGUAAAUGGAAUCACAUUCUCGAUAUUAGAUGGUAGAUAGGGAAACUAUGUUGGUUACCAUCUAGAAUCAAUUCUACAUCACAACUUUUUUCUUUAAUCAAUGUUGGUUUAUUAAUCUCUUUUCGUAAGUGAAAGGUAGAUUAUGUCAUAUUUAUACAUUAUAGCAAGUCUGAAUUUGGAUUG